GACCUGAAGUUGGCCUCUGUGAAGGCUGAGAGUCCCAGGGAACGGGGACCGAGAUUUGGAAGGUGGAGGAGCGCCCAAGGACUGGGGCUACCUAUUUCUUCCGAGGGAGGGAAGGGGCGGAUAGCGGCACCUAUUCUGGAGGAACUGGGCUGAGAUGUGACCCGGAGUGAAGUGUUUUAACCUCCAUACGCGUGAGGGUCACCUUCCACCCCAUUCCUGGGGUUGAAAAAGCCACCGACCGUUCCAGAGUCGGAGCAGCACUUAGCCCUUUGGACUCGGCUGCCAUGGAGAGCACUGGUACUGGGAAAAUCUACAGGAGUAGCGACUGCAAUUUGGUCGGCCGGAGCUCGGGCGCCAAUACCAGCCGAAGCACGCUCCCAACGUCCCAUAGAUGAAUGGGGAAAUUAAUGUAACUCAGUGAGAAAAAUAUUAGACUUAAAAUCAUUUAAGUCACGCCGACUUACUGGGGCGUCGGCGCCCGGGCCCAUGACCCACGCCCGUAACUGACAUGGCGCCCUAGCGGUCGGCGUUUCCGGGCGGAUCCUUCAGACGGCCUUCGCUGUGAUUCCAUCAUUCGGCCUCCUUCCCGGCCUGCCUCGCGCCAGGGCCGGGCUGGGCCAGAGCAGCCCAAGAUGGCCGACUUCGAGGAUCGGGUGUCGGAUGAGGAGAAGGAAGUGAUUUUGCUGUCACGACUUCUCGACAGGGAGAGGUCUCUAAGGUGUUGGCCGCCUAUCCACACACACCCCUUUUCCCACAUGCUGUCGGCUGAACUAAUUCGCAGUAAUAAAUGUGUACGCAUAGCUGCUAAAUUCAUCACUCACGCACCCCCAGGGGAAUUUAACGAAGUGUUCAACGAUGUCCGGCUACUACUUAAUAAUGACAAUCUCCUCAGGGAAGGGGCAGCACAUGCAUUUGCCCAGUAUAACAUGGAUCAGUUCACACCUGUGAAGAUAGAAGGAUAUGAAGAUCAGGUCUUAAUUACAGAACACGGUGACCUGGGUAAUAGCAGAUUUUUAGAUCCAAGAAACAAAAUUUCCUUUAAGUUUGAUCACUUACGGAAAGAAGCAAGUGACCCCCAGCCAGAGGAAGUAGAUGGAGGUCUGAAGUCUUGGAGAGAAUCCUGUGACAGUGCUUUAAGGGCCUAUGUGAAAGAUCAUUAUUCCAACGGCUUCUGUACUGUUUAUGCUAAAACUAUAGAUGGGCAACAGACCAUUAUUGCAUGUAUUGAAAGCCACCAGUUUCAGCCUAAAAACUUCUGGAAUGGUCGUUGGAGAUCAGAAUGGAAGUUCACCAUCACACCAUCUACAGCCCAGGUGGUUGGAGUACUUAAGAUUCAGGUUCACUAUUAUGAAGAUGGUAAUGUUCAGUUGGUUAGUCAUAAAGAUGUACAGGACUCAGUAACUGUUUCGAAUGAAGUCCAAACUGCUAAGGAGUUUAUUAAAAUUAUAGAGCAUGCAGAAAAUGAGUAUCAGACAGCAAUUAGUGAAAACUAUCAAACAAUGUCAGACACCACGUUCAAGGCCUUGCGCCGGCAACUUCCAGUUACCCGCACCAAAAUCGACUGGAACAAGAUACUCAGCUACAAGAUUGGCAAAGAAAUGCAGAAUGCUUAAAGGCUGAAUGUAGGAUUCUUCAAUACAUGGAAAGAAAGGAUGCAAUGUGUGGUCAUAUGAUAAAUAAGUGAUUUAUAAACAAGAGUGAUAUUUUGCUAGGGCUUUCAAAGUUAACAGGUUUUCUAGCCUCAUGGAAUACUGUUGAACCUAUAGCAUUGUCUUGAUUCUUUUGUGUUUUCUGCCUGGUAAUUUUCUGUUUUCACUAUAUCUACUUGUAAAUCUUUUUUUUUUUUUCAAUUCUGCCACAUUUAAUGAUGGAGAGAGAUAUCUAUCCUGGAGUCAUUUUACUGUUUAGAAAAUUUUCCUAGCCAUGAAGCCCUGUCACUGACAUAGACAGGUAAUAUGUUCAGUACUUUUCUACCCAGUCCUUCAAAGCACUUCUGGUACUUCAGUGGUUUUUACUGAUCAACCAACAGCUAAAGAGGCUAUGCUACAAACUACAGCUGAAUGGAAGACACAUUCAUCCUUCUCCCUCCAGUUGCUUUGAUCAUCAUUUAUAGCAUCUCAUAACUAUAGUUUCAAACAUUUGGAUUGGGGUUUUCAGACCCUUUUUAGAGGCAAAGGAAGUUUUCUGGAAGUUCCAUUAUAGCCAGCUUCUCUGGGGAAGUUGUUUUUAAAUCCAAAGACUUGAACCACAUUCCCUACAAAUGAACGUGUUUGCUUUCUUCCCUUCCAUCACUGUUUCCUUCUCAUCUAGUACCAUUAUAGUUGUAGACAUGUGCAUUUUUAGAAGAGUUUUAACCACUUAUUAUUUUUUUAAUAUUCAAAAACUGCUGACAUACUAGGGAUAUAGUAGAGUAUAAAACUUGAAAAAAUGCAGAUGUUGAAGGAAUAAUAGGUAUCUUUUGCUUUAAUACUUUGUGGCAGAAUUGUACUAUAAGCGAAUGAAUCAAACAACUAUGUUAAUCUCAAACAAAAACUAAAAAUGAACCAAAGUGAGAAGGACAACGUUCAGACAGUAUCUUUCUAUUGUAACCUGUUAUUUAAGGGAAUACUAGUGAUUUGUUCUAAAUAGGAUGUAAAACUUUUUCCAAAUUACUUCCUCAGUCCUGCCUGCCAACUCAAAUAUAACUGUGAUAUAGCAACCCUUCCCAAGUUUAUUGGCAGGUAAGGUGUGAUCUCAGAAUACACAGGUAACAUAGAUAUGAUAUAACUGGUAAUGGUGGAUUCAUUUACAUUGUUUACACUUCUAUGACCAGGCCUUAAGGGAAGGUCAGUUUUUUAAAAACCAAGUAGUGUCUUCCUCCAAAUACAUGUCAAAAGAAGGGUUUGUGUUUCAGCUUUGUUUCUGCUUGGUAAUACAGUCAAGCAAGAGUUUAUUUCCAAGUGACCCAUUGAGCUGUGUAAGCAUUUUUGUUUAUUUCAAAUAAAAUAUAUUUGUAUUAUUUGUCAUUCAUACUAUCCAUCCAUACCACACUAUCCUCUGUAUCAGGUAGUCCAAUAGAAAUAUACCUGUUUUGUUCUUAAA